AAGGACAAAAUUUUAAAAGUAUUUAGGUAUCUACCAUUGAGCUUUUGAAAAUCCCAGUAGAUGCCUGUCCGUACCUUUUAGUUGGUAAAUGCUUAAAAUCUUGCCCUAAAAGCAAUUAAUUCCAUUCACUUCAGAAGGACUAGUCAUAUAAGUAAGACUUUUGGUAUUGGGCCCUAAAUCUGUUCUUUCCAAGAAUUUAAUUUGCAAGAUAUCUUAUGUAACUUUCAAUCCUAGGUGCACAUCUAUGACUUCACUACAUCAUCAACAUUUUAAAAAGGCAUGUAAUCCAUAGACCUAUACUAUGAACUCUUCUGACUGCACACUUUGCUGAAUACAUAUUUAAGUAAAAAAUGAGAAUUUCCCCAAAUUAAGAAAAUACCGUUAAAGACUCAGUUGAGUCAUAACUGUGUUUAUUUGUAAAAAAUCCUUUUUUCUUUCAGUGUCACCAAGGCCCUGAUUCUGCUAGCUGUUGCACCUGGUCAGAUAUUUGUGUUUGUGCAAAGCCCAUAUUAUAGGAUCAGGGCCAUAGUACAACCAAUGGGAGUUAAAUAAGUAUAAAGCUAAGCACAUGUGUAAAUGCUUGGAAGAUGAGGUCUUCAAGACUUACUCAAAUGAGGUGCAGGAUCAGGUCCUUACUGUUACAGUAUUUAAUUAUAAAACAUUACCACAGCUAAAUUAUUUGAGGUUCUGGAGAGAUUUUAUGGCCAUCUCAUCAAAAGAACUGGAAAGGAGAUCAGAGACUACAAUUGCCACCAGGCAGUCAACUGAGAGAGGUGUAGAGGAUUAAGUGGAAAAGAGAAGAAUCCUUAGCUGCUUGAAGUAUGUAUAUUGUUUAUGGCUUUUAGGUACUCCCAGUAGUGAUGGGGAAGCUUCAUAUAAAUUUUUAAAAAAGAAAAUUAAGCAAAUUUUGUUUUGUGGCUCUUCAAGCCUGGCCUAACAAUUUAAUCUCUCCUAUACAUAUGUGUAAACAUUAUGCCAAAAACUGAAAGAACCAAGAGAAACUACUAUAAACCAAACCUACUCCUCAUUUAUUUUUAUAGCAAUGAAAAGCCUCUAAUUCUCUUUAUAUGCAUGCCUACUAUUUCCCAGUGCCAGUACAUUUUAAAGCAAAUACGUACCACUUAGCCACUAUCUCUCCACAAAUCUAUUUGAACGUCCCUAGUUUUUUGCCCCCAGUGUCCCUAUUUACAGCUUCAGGCAGCUGAAAGAUUAUAAACACCUCCAAUUUGUGCUGGAAGCGAGGCAAGCAAGUAAAAAGAAAAAUAGAAGAGAGAGAAGGCAGUGUUCAAAGGCAAGAAGAGAAAAAAUUGAGUCAUCUGUCCAGUUCACUCCAAACGCUGUGUGGCCACCGUUUUUAAGAGUGAAGUAGAGGGUAGCCCUGUUUGUCCGUAUCCACAAAAAGAACGAGUUUUUUUUAUCCACGAAAGCUUAUGGCCAAAUACAGCUGUUAGUCUUUAAGGUGCCACCGGACUCCUUGUCGUUUUUAAGAAUGGCUGCCUAAAUAUGCCAGUCUAGAUUUUUACAUGGGUGUGCAGAACUUCUCACAGCCCCGUUCGCAGGUGAAAAUGCUGCUUUCUGUGCUCUGUGAGAGGGGAUCCCGGAUCAUGGGACCAGCCCCUGCAGGCAGGGGGCCCAGUCCGAGUAAGAGCUGUGAGCCGCGCACACACCUCGGGCCGCCAGCCUGUGUAAGAGUCUGGAGUAACUGAGCCAGGGAGUCCGCGGAACUACUCUAGCUAGGGGUGGCAUGCCAGACGCUGCCCGGCGGGCGCUGUAACCCACCCCCGGGGAUUCGCGCUCUUGAGCACACCCCGGCCCUGGAGCGACCCGAACGAGGGCUGGCGGCGCGCGCGCUCCCGUUUCCUCGGCCAGGCAGGCCAACCACCGCUACUGUGCGGCGGCCGUUAGAGCCCAACCGCUCUUUAGGCGCGUGCCGCCGCCGCUUCCGCGCACGCCGUGUGCAGCUGCAGGAGGGAGCAGGGAGGGCUCCGUCCCGUUCUCCCCCUCCCCCUCCGGGGUCCUGCCAGCCGCCGCCGUUGCAGCCGGUGGGCGCGUGGAGGCGACAGCGAGUCCUCACCUCUGAGCCGCCUCGCGCAGAGACUUUUUACCUUCUCUCGCUUUCCCCUUCGUUACCCACCAUGCUCCGGACUCCGCCGCUCGGUCGGGGAGAGGAGCCCGCGGCUGACCCGAGAGCCUGUCCCCGGCGGAGAUGAGGGAGGCAGCGCCGAGCAGGAGGAGACGGAGCUGACUAGACCCACGCUCUCCCCACACCACCAUGAGGGAAGAGAGAGAAGCCGCCGCCUCCCAGCAUGGACCUAGCAAACUCCCCCAGCAACCCCCGCAGGACGGCGGCGGGGUGGCUGCCCCCCUGGCCCGCCCCGGGAGCGGCCCGGAGAGCAUGCGGAACGGCUAUGUGAAGAGCUGCGUGACCCCUCUGAGGCAGGACCCCCCCAGGGGCUUCCUCUCCCUGCUGUUGCUCCCCGCCGCCUCCCCUCCGGCUCUGCUCAGCCUGGGCGCCCUGGCCGCCUUUGUCCUCUGGCUCCUGCUCUCCUACGGCCGGAGCAGCCCCUGGGGCCAGCAGGGCGAGAGCGGCUGGCGGGGCCCUUCGGCGCUGCGCACCCUGCUGGGACUGUCCCACUGCCUCAGUCCCCUCUUCAGCAUCGCCUGUGCCUUCUUCUUCCUCACCUGUUACCUGGCCCGGGGCAAGCGCGACGAGCCCGGCGGUGGCGGCGGCGGCGGCACCAGCCUCUGGUGGCUGCUGGCUCUGCCCCUCUGUUGUUACUCGGGGGACUUCGUGGCGCUGCAGUGGUUGUUACCCGCCGAAGGGCACCGAGACUCGCCGCAGGGCCCCGCCGAGCUGCAGAUGGUGGCAGGCCGGCUGCUGACCGUGCUGGGCUCGGUGGCGGUGCUGACCCUGCUGCAGAGCACCCUGAAACUGCGCCGAAGCCUCCUGGUCUUGGUCUUCUCCAGCUUGGUCUGGCUGGUCUCACUCACCAGCCUCAGUUCGCUGCCCCCAAGCCUCAGACCGCUGCUGGCCGGCUCGGUCGGCAUGGCCGGCUGCCUCCUGGCAUUGUUGGGUUGGCAGCGCCGCAUCUUCUCCGCUCAGAGCCGGGGAGCGCAGCACCAACAUCACCACUCGCGGCUUCCCAGCGUGGAGGAGAAAGUGCCUGUGAUCAGACCCAGGAGGAGGUCUAGCUGUGUGUCCUUAGGGGAAACGCCAACCAGCUACUACGGCAGCUGCAAAAUGUCCAGGAGACCCUCGUUGCCUUGUAUUUCCAGAGAACAGAUGAUUCUUUGGGACUGGGAUUUGAAACAGUGGUAUAAACCCCAUUAUCAGAAUGCUGGCAGUGGAAGUGGAGUUGAUCUUUCAGUACUAAAUGAGGCUCGCAACAUGUUAUCAGACCUCUUGAUCGAUCCAGCCCUUCCCCCACAUGUGAUUUCUUCCCUUCGAAGCAUUAAUAGUUUGAUGGGUGCUUUCUCUGGCUCAUGCAGGCCAAAGGCUAACCCAUUCACACCAUUUCCUGGCUUUUACCCAUGCUCUGAAAUGGAGGACACAGCUGAAAAAGGAGAUCGAAAGCUGCACAAGGGAUUAAAUAGCAGAAAUAGUUUACCAACACCACAGUUGAGACGAAGUUCAGGAGCUUCUGGCCUGCCACCUAUUGAACAGUCAUCUUCUAGGUGGGAACGCAAUAAUGGCAAGAUACCUCAUCAAGAAUACAAUAUUUCAAGGACCACAGCUGCUGCCUUCAUCCCAACCUUCAGGACCUCCAUCUUACAGCAUGGACUUUCAUCCCAACCUUCAGGACCUCCACCUUACAGCUUCAUGUCUGACCAUCUCAGAAUGAGUUUGCUCGAAGGGUGUGCAGGAAGUACUACUGAAUAGGAGAAAGCCUUUAACGAGAUUCUCCAUCUGCCCAUACAAAGAAGCAUUUCCCUAAAUCGAGAUCCGAUUAACCAUAUCUUGGAUUCUUUUAUUUCUGAAACAGCAUGCACUGACUCUUAGCCGCCAAAGAACUGUGAUGAACUAUCUCAGUUUUCCACCCACCUGUGGAUAACCAUUCAGUUUUUUCAAAUUGCAUGUCCAUGAGGUUUCUAAAGUGUUUGCUCAAAUUAUAACUACAGAUUCAUGAUCCAGUUCCACAGUGGAGUAUAAAUUUGAUGCCCCCCCCACGCCUUGAGCCACUAACAACUUGUUCUGUUGCACCUGUCAAUGAAAGUAUCUUUCCUUGUUGCAAUAACCUCAGCCAGGAGAGUAGGGGAAUAGAGCUUUGGUAUCAGAGCCCCUCGAUACAAUUUUCUUUAGGAACAAGGUUUUCCCUUGGUCUCACCCUAAAUUCCUAUCUAAAUUGGUUUUCAAAUUUCACAUGAAUCAAGUAAUUUAUUUACCAACAUUCUUUCCAAAGCCCCAGUUGAGCAAAGGGGAGGAAAAGCACCAUAUUUUUAGAUGAUAGCAGUGCUUCAGUUUUUUACCUGGAGUGGACUAGACUCACUUCUUCCUCUCAAUUCUUCAUGGUGAUUUCAGACAGAGUGAAAGGCCAGCUGGUCUCCACCCAGAAGAUCUCUGCCUGUAUUCCAAGUUGUAUUCAUUUAUGCUACCUAUUAGACAAUUUUGCAUCUCCCAAUAAAGUUUUUGCGCACUCAGCCAGAUUGCAGGUGGUUUCUCUGAGGCCAUUUUUGUUACGGUUUCCAUUCUGGAUAUUUGUAGGGCAGCAACCUGGCCAUCUCUCCAUACAUUUGCCUCUGAUUAUACUAUCUCUCAUCAAUCCAGAGUCAAUGCCAGAUUUGGAUGAGUAGUCCUUCAAUCCUUGUUCAGAAGUUUCCGAGCCCACUGCCAGUUUGGACUUCUUGUGAGUCGCCCACCGUGGAAUGGACAGUGUUCUUCAAGAUAUGUUGGACAUGUCCAUUCCACGACCCUCCCUCCUUCCCCUCUC